AUGACAACUGAUUAUAAAAAACCUCAAUGUUUAAAUUGUCCAAAGGAUAAAACAACAUCAAAAUGUACAGGUUGUUUGCAAGAUUUUUGUUAUAAUCAUUUAACAUAUCAUCGUCAAGAAUUAAGUCGACAAUUAGAACAUAUUGAACUUAAUCGUGAUGUUGUUAAUCAAAAACUUCAUAAACAAACGAAUCUUGUUAGUAAUGAUAAAUUUUUAAAACAAAUUAAUCAAUGGGAACAAGAUUCAAUUAAAAUAAUUCAACAAACAGCAAAUGAAUGUAGACAAUUAUUAAUGGAUUAUAGAAAUCAAUAUUAUGAUAAAAUUGAAAUACAUUUAAAAAAAUUUAGUGAACAAAUAAGAGAAAUUCGUCAAGAAAAUAAUUUUGAUGAAACAGAUUUAAAUCAAUUUAAAGAAAAAUUUAAACAAAUACAACGUCAACUUCAACAACCACCUAAUGUUUCAUUAAAACAUGAUAUGACACCACUUAUUUACAAAAUUUCUGUAGUUCGAUCUUCUGGAAAAAUCGUCUCAUCGAAGAAUAUUAAUAAGAAUACAAAAUGGAAACAAAAUGGACUAACUGUUAUUGGUGGUAAUGUUGGUGAUAAGAAAUUAAAUCAACUCUAUUUUCCUCAAGGAAUUUAUAUUGAUAAUGAUGAUUUGAUUUAUAUUGCUGAUUAUGAAAAUCAUCGUAUUGUUGAAUGGAAAUCUAAUAUGAAUAUUAGUCGAACUAUUGCUGGAGGUAAUGGACAAGGAAAUCGAAUUGAUCAAAUAAAUAGUCCAACAGAUGUUAUUGUUGAUAAAAGCAAUGAUUGUCUUCUUAUAUGUGAUGCAGGUAAUAGACGAGUUGUAAGAUGGUCACGUCGAAUUAAUAUACAUCAAGAAACAAUCAUUAAUGAUAUUGAUUGUAUUGGUUUAACAAUGGAUAAUAAAGGAGAUAUUUAUGUUUCGGAUUGUUUAAAAAAUGAAGUUAGACGAUGGAAACAAGGAGACAUAGAUGGAACAAUUGUAGCUGGUGGAAAUGGAAAAGGAGAUAAAUUAAAUCAACUUAGUUGUCCAACUUAUAUUUUUGUUGAUGAAAAUUAUGCAGUUUAUGUAUCGGAUUGUAAUAAUAAUCGUGUGAUGAAAUGGAUAAAAGAUGCAAAAGAAGGAAUUAUUGUUGCUGGUGGACAAGGUCAAGGAGAUAGUCUUACACAAUUAUCACUUCCACAAGGUGUAAUUGUUGAUCAUUUAGGAAAUGUUUAUGUAGCUGAUUCUUUAAAUCAUCGAAUAAUGCGUUGGUUCAAAGACUCACAUGAAGGUAGUAUUGUUGUUGGUGGAAAUAAAGAAGGAGAAAAAGCAAAUCAAUUUAAUUGUUCUGUAAGUUUAUCGCUUGAUCGACACGGUAAUCUCUAUGUUGUUGAUUAUAAUAAUCAUCGAGUACAAAAAUUUGAUAUUGAUUCAAGUUAA